AUGAGAAUAGCCUCGCAGUAUACACCGGAUGAGACCGUCACUGUGGGCGUUUGGAUUGAUGCGGGAAGCCGCUUCGAGACCAAGGAAAACAAUGGCACUGCUCAUUUCCUGGAGCACAUGGCCUUCAAAGGCACGAAGCGGAGAAAUCGGAUCCAGCUUGAGCAGGAAAUCGAGAACAUGGGGGGCCACUUGAAUGCCUACACGUCUCGAGAGCAAACGGUGUACUAUGCCAAAUGCUUCAAGAGCGACCUGCGGAACGGAGUGGACAUUUUAGCAGAUAUUCUUCAGCAUUCAACACUUGACCAGGCACAUCUCGACUUCGAGCGGGGGGUUAUCCUUCGAGAGAUGGAGGAAGUCGAGAAAACAACAGAGGAGGUCAUUUUCGACCGUCUGCAUCUAGCAGCUUUCCAUGACAGCCCGCUGGGCUACACAAUCCUUGGACCUGUCGAGAACAUCCAGUCAAUUACUCAAGAUCAGUUGCGAACAUAUGUGCAGUCAAACUACACGGCAGAUCGCAUCGUCGUGGCAGCAGCUGGGCCAGUGGACCAUGGAGAGCUAGUUCGUCAUUCAGAAGAACUCUUUUGUCAUUUCAGGCCGAGCAAUGGCCUGCAGCGUGAGCAGGGGAAGGCUGCGUUUUGUGGAGCAGAGCUGCUCUAUGGCUCAGAGGAAAACCUCGCGCACUUUGCCAUCGGCUACGAAGGGGUUCCAUGGACACAUCCGGACUCCCUGACUUUCAUGGUCCUGCAGACCAUCAUUGGCAACUACAAACGGAACGAAGGACUUGUGCCUGCGAGACUCUCCAGCAAUCGGCUUACGAACAGCGUGGCCAACAAUCUGGGCUCAGGUGCAGAAUCCUUCGCAGCCUUCAACACGUGUUACAAGGAUACUGGAAUCUUCGGGUUCUAUGGUGAGAGUGAUGAAGAAACCCUGGACGGAUACUUGGACGAGCUGCUGUUCGCUGUGAGCAAUCUGGCAUUUUCUGUCACAGAAGAGGAGGUGGAACGAGGGAAAAGGCAGCUGAAAACCACCCUGUUUGGCAGCUUGGAUUCCACCACCGCCAUAGCAGAGGACAUCGGCCGCCAGCUUUUGGUCUAUGGCCGACGUGUUCCGUUGACUGAACUGCUUCUGCGCCUGGAAGCCAUCAACACCGAGGAGGUGAAGCGAGUGGCGAGGGAGCGACUGUUCGACAAAGAUGUGGCUGUCACGGCUCUUGGUCCUUUGAGCCGCAUGCCGGCCUUGGCGGAGCUCAGGCGGCGGACUGCUGCUCGCAGGCUCUGA